CACAAAUCGCCCGCCUCUUUUCGUUUUUUAACCUUGAUCUGAAUUUAUAGAUAUAUUCUUCCCUUCUUUCCUGGAAAAGCACCCCGCCUGCAUUGACAAUACCUUGCACGAUGUCUCUUGAGACCCCAGCGGAGCAUUCAAGCAGCCUUGACAAGAAACAAGUUAUUUCUAACAUUUUCCGAGAACUGGCCAAAGUCGCUGGACACCCUAUCUUUUCUUCAGACAAUACAAAAGUCGCAAAUCACCCGACUGAAGAAUGGCUCUCCCAAAUCCAGAAAAAUAUCCCACCCAACAACGGUAGACGAGUAGAAGAUGUUCUCCGCGACGCCGAAGAGGUCUUCUCAUAUCGUAUACCCGCAGACCACCCUCAAUUCUUCGCUUUUAUUCCAUCGCCAGUAUCGCCUAUGUCUUGGCUAGGGGAUUCCCUUACCUCCGCUUUCAACGUAUAUGCGGGAAGCUCAGUGGCAGGAAGUGGAGUCUGCGCUGUUGAAGAAUCCAUGGUCGCCUGGAUUGCAGAACAGUUUGGGCUACCUCCAUCUGCAGGUGGUCAGUUCGUGUCCGGUGCUUCUACGGCUUGUUUGACCGCAUUCGCCGUCGCGAGAGACCAGCGCUUGGAUGGUGCAUUACGGCAGAAAGGCAUCGCCUAUAUAUCUGAAGAUACACAUUUCUGUAUCACCAAAGCGCUUCGUGUCAUAGGGCUACUGGACUCUCAGAUCCGGACUAUUCGUUGCGAUCCAACGUUUCAGAUGGAUACAAACAAUCUUCGCCUUGCAAUAUCUGAAGAUAUUGCCAACGGCCUCAAACCAUUCCUCGUUGUGGCUACCUGUGGGACAACCGGUACCGGCGCCAUUGACCCUCUAAAUGAAAUCGUGGACAUAGCGAGCGAGCAUGGAUUAUGGCUGCAUGUCGACGCUGCCUACGGCGGAUCUGUCGCAUUUUCAAGCAAACAUCGAUCGCUGAUAGACGGGAUUGGCCGUGCGGAUAGUAUCGCCUGGGACCCUCACAAGUGGCUCUUCCAGACAUAUGGCUGCGGUACUAUCUUAUUCCGCGACAAAUCUCAGGCGUUGAAGAGCUUCGUAUCAUCAGCUCAUUUUUGCCGCGAUAUCGAAGAUGAGAAAGAACCAAACAAUCCCUGGAAUUAUGGGAUCGAGCUGACAAGGCCUGCUCGGCAUAUGAGGCUUUGGUUUUCUCUUCAGGUCCUCGGCAUGGACAAGAUUGGAGCGAUGAUCAACCGAGGAUUCGAAUUAGCGGGCCUGGCUGAAAGAGAGCUGAGAAAGCUGCCUGGCUGGGUUUUUCUGGCGCCCACUUCCUUAGCCAUCCUCAACUUCCGAUUCGCGCCUGACGGCGUGAGUGAGGUGGAUCUUAAUUCGAUCAAUAGUCGCGUUUCGAAACUCCUGAUUGCAGAGAAUGUGGCGUACAUACUCACCACCUGUAUCGGCGGCGUGGUAGGCCUCCGGAUGUGUACCAUCAAUCCACGAACCACGGACGAUGACAUACGUCGUGUGGCGAGAGCACUUGAUCACAGCGCACAAGCUAGCUAUAGGGAGCUUUAUGAGACGCGGAACUAAGUGGAGACGUGUUUGACGCUGAUAACAUUAUGACUGUCUCACUUCAUUGAUUGGCGAUAUCCCCUGCUAGUCCAUUUCAGCGUUGCAUUUCGGUCAAUGAGGGUGGGGGUGAACAUGCAUUAGGGCGGAGUCAGCGGUGGAAGUCCAGCCACCUUGACGAAAUCUGCCUCAUAAAUAGGAAGGGACCAAGGUCUUACGAUUUACCGCUAGUAGAAGAUUCAAAAAUGUACUGAGAUUUCGAAAGUGUGCC